AUAAAACGGGCGAUGCCCAAUAUCGUGGUUGAACUCGUGCGCUGUGAGUAGUGUAGUGUCUCUGUGUCUACGAGAACAACAGGGUUCUACACGCCCACACACACACAGAGAGAGAGAGAUAGAGAGAGAGAGAGAGAGAUGGGGAGGAGGCCGUGUUGCUCUAAGGAAGGAAUCCACCGAGGAGCCUGGACGGUCUUGGAAGACAAAAUUCUGAAAGCUUACAUUGAAGCCCAUGGAGAAGGCAAAUGGAGACACCUCCCCAAGAGAGCUGGCUUGAAAAGAUGUGGCAAGAGUUGUCGACUUAGAUGGUUGAAUUAUUUGAGACCAGACAUCAAGAGAGGUAACAUAUCCCAUGAUGAAGAAGAACUCAUUAUCAGACUCCAUAAGCUUCUUGGUAACAGAUGGUCUCUAAUAGCUGGAAGGCUACCUGGGCGAACAGACAAUGAAAUCAAGAACUAUUGGAACACUACACUGAGAAAGAAAGCUAAUGCUGAAACAACUUCACCGCAAUCCAAAACUAAACCUUGUGCCAAUUCUAGGCAGAAAAAGCUAAACACUGAACCCUCAAGCUCACCACACCCAGCCGAAGUCAUCCGCUCCAAGGCCACACGGUGCACCGACAUCCUUAUCCCGUUGCAAUAUCCACCUCUACCUCCAAGAAUUCACGCCGGCCCCCCAACAGCCGCCACUGCCAGUGACCCACCAGCUGAAACUCACUUCCCCAAUGAUUCUGGUCAAGGUUUCGAUUCUUGUGAUCAACAACUUCACUGUGGAACGUUUACUAAUGAGGAGCUGCUCCAGAAUGAUGAUUUAGAUUUCUUGAAUCUUGAGUGCCAUGAGUUUCAAGCAAGUGAUGGAGAUGCUGCCAUAGUGGACUAUAAUUACAAGGGCAAUUUGUCCAUGGGUCCUCAUCAUCAUCAGCCCACACCCUUUGAGGAGCCGCCAGUGUUCAACGACUGGACCACAAGUGCCUGUCUCGAGGAUCAUGCCAAUUUAGACCUAGAUUCCCUAGCACUUUUACUUGAUUCUGAGGGAUGGUCACUAGAAUAAAAUAUUUUGCAUGUUUAUAUAUAGUGAAAAUAAUAGUGAUUUCUCAUAAUAUUGGAGAAAAUUAUAUAUAAAAAACAAGAGCAAAUAUGUGAAUAAAGAACUAUGUAUUUUCACUUGCUGCAUGUCUUGAUCUUGACUCCUGUAAGAGUGUGAAGUAAUUAACUUUUAGUGAGCUUUGAGAAAGUUCUUGUCUA